AUCGACAUGCCGGGUGAUAGUCGCCGGGUCCAGGGCCCCGGGGAAUCGCAGUCUCCCCUGGUGUUCGCCCUCCCAGCACCAGCCGUUGGCCGAACAGGUAGAGGCCCCGCAGAACCUCGGCCGGUGUUCGCUCGGGCUGGCCUGCUCAGCCAGGCUUCGGGCUCGGGGUAUGUAGAGGCCGGGGGCACCAAAGUGUUAUGUGCCGUGUGGGGGCCCUUGAGUGCCAGCGGGGAGGGCCGCGUACAGUGCGAGCUGCGCUGGGCCCCGUUCUCGCGCUGUGGCCCCCAUGGCCCCGGGCCCUGCCCUCGCCAGGCUGGACUGUUGCUUGCUGAGAGUGUGCGGGCGGCUGUGCGGCUUUCCCAGCGGGCCGGCCUGGCUCUGUGGGCUCUGGUGUUGGAAGACCGAGGCUCCGCGUUACCGGCUGCUCUCUCUGCCGCCUCCUUGGCCCUGGCCGACGCCGGCAUCCCGCUGUAUGACUUGGCGGUUGGCAGUGGCCUGAGCCGCAGCUCCGAGGGUGAACUGCUGCUGGACCCCCAGGAGGACGAGGAGGAGUUCGGGAAGGGCAGCAUGUGCCUUGGCCUUCUACCGGCUCUCAACCAGGUCUCGGGACUCCUGUGCAGCGGAGAGUGGGAAGGAGACAGUUCUGUCGAAGCCAUCAAGCUCGGUAUGGAGGGCUGCCAGAGACUUUACCCAGUGCUACAGCAGAGCCUGAUCAAGGCCACCAAAAGGAAAGUGCCAGCACCGCAGCCGGAAUCCGGAUAAGAUCUGCAGGGCGAGCCGUGAUUCUGGAAGCACCAGCUGUGGUUGGGGUUAUCACCGUGCCAGCCUGUGCAAGGGGACCACAGGUGGCACCUUGGACAUGAGCUGCGGGAGGAAUCCCAGAGGGACAGAAGUGCGUAAAGUGUCUCGGACGCAUGCCGCGCUCAUACUUUGUAACAUGAAAUACAGAAUGCUCUGUGAAAAGUUA